CCCAAUAUGUUUUUGAAUUAAAAAAGAAAUGAAAAGUAAAAAUAUAAAAAUAAAAGAAGAAGUCCUCCAGCAGCUUAAAAGAGCACAUCUCUUUACUCAAUUCACGAUUCCCCUGUCUCGUAAUCUCUCUCUCACUUGCCUCUUCUCGAGUUUUCUCCAUUUCUUCGGUCUUCUUUGAGACCAAAUCCGGAGAAAGUUGAUGUUCUUACAGCACAAACAGACACAAACACAUACAUGUGUUGUGUCUCCAUAAUCCCAUUAUUACUCACUCACCACCAAUUCACACUUCUCUCCUAAAUUCCCAUCCUUUUCAGAUCCAACACUCUCCAAUACCCAGAUUACCCAAAAGAAGCGAAAUUGAAACAAAACCCAUCUGAGAGCAGAAUCAAGGGGAGAGAAUGGGAGUGAUAUUUGACUCAUGGUGCUUUUGCAAAGGAGUAGGCAAAAGUGAGAAGAUGAAAGCUUCCAUUUUCUCCGGCAAAGCUCCGGCGAUGGCUCGUAUCUCUGUCUCCGGGCCAAAUGGGGUUACUUCCGGCACUGGAUUCCUCAUUCACAGGAAUCUUCUUCUGACCACUCACCUCAAUCUCCCUUCCAUCGCCGCCACCGAAACCGCGGAGGUCCGCCUUCAGAACGGUGUUGCCGCUGCUCUCUUCCCUCACAGGUUUUUCAUUACAAGCUCGGUUAUUGAUCUCACCAUUGUUGGCUUAGACCUUGUUGAUGGAGAUUCAAAUUCUCAGAGCCAAACCCAACAGCCACAUUACCUGAAAACAUGUUCCAAACCAAACCUGGAUCUAGGAAGUGUGGUGUACCUCUUAGGCUAUGCUGCUCAGAAUGAACUAAAGAUUGGCGAGGGGAAGUUAGUGGUAGCCACUGAUAAUCUCAUCAAACUCUCAACUGAUGAAAUGAUCUGGAGUCCUGGAUCUGCUGGAUUUGAUGUUCAAGGGAAUCUCGCAUUCAUGAUCUGUGAUCCAAGGAAGCUUUCGACAUCACCAGCCUCAAACUCGUCAUCUUCCUCUUCGUCAUUGAGAAAAGAUAACAACAAGACACUAAUGAUGCAGUUUGGUAUACCCAUACCAGUUAUCUGUGACUGGCUUAAUCAGCAUUGGGAAGGUAGUUUGGAUGAACAUACGACAAAACCCAAGUUGCCUCUCAUUCGGUUAAUGUCUUCUGGUCAGAAGAGCGAGCGUUCUUGUACUUCCUUCACCAUGCGCAGUGUUUUCAAGCCAAACGACUCUGCUGAUGUUGGAACCCCAUCUUCAUCUAACAAUAGAGAUCAAAUUCAUCCCAGCUCUUCCAUCGCUGCUGAUGAAGAAAAAGAAGAAGAAACCUCAAAAGCCAAUCCUCAAGGCGGCAGAACUUCUACUCAUGGGCAGGGUAUCCCAACCCCUGAGAUAUAUGAAUCCCCAAAGUUGACUUCUGGUCCUUUAAGAAAUGAGACAGGUCAAGUACACCUUUUGGAUAUCAACUUUCCUCCACGGAUACCUAAAGCUAUAACCUUUCUUCCUGAGCUCAACUCUCUUCAGGGUAACAACAUGGUGGAAGAGGCUGACACUGCCUCUGAAGGAUCAGAUGCGCAAAUUGCUUCGACAGGUUCAGUUAACGGUGCUCUCAGUGAGGUCAUCUCAUGUUCACCGCCAGCAGCAGCUCACUAUGUAUAUAACAAUCAUGGAUACAGCAGCGAGGAAGAGACGAUGUAUUCUGCAGAAACAGCAGAAAGCCGAAACUACCCUACUCCUCCAAGGAAGAGUGAGUUUCAUCAUGAGAGAGUUGGAAGGAGCCAAAGUUGUGUUAGCUCCAGCAGAUGGGGAACUCCUCAAAAGAGUUCGGAUGGUAGAAGAGCAAUGCUGGAGAAACAGAGAAGCUUCGUCCAUGGAAAGAAGAUGCAAUCACAAGGAGCAAUGUCACAGAGGAGCAAUGACUAUUACAGCCCAACGGUAUCAUCCAUCAUGAAGAAGAGGAAUAAUAGUUCAGAGCAACAUAUUUUCAAACCGGUACCUAGACCUAGAGCUGUUAGUUCUUCCCCAAGAUGGGCAUUCUGAGACCAAUACAGACCAGAGAAAGAGCCACACCUUCAUAGAAAGAGAGACAUCUUUAUUUAGAUUUAAAUGUCUUUCGUUCUUGUAUAACAAAUUUUAUUUCAACUCUUGUGCAGACAUAUUGAAGAGAACACAACAAAUAGGAAACAUAUAGUCUUGAAUGGUUCGGGUUAAGCCCAAAGAGCAAUC